UUUUUUAAAGUCACCAUUUAUUAUCUGAAUCUUCUUCACUUUUCUUUACCUUCUCUGAUCCCCCAAAGGGAUUUCAAAAGAAAAGGUAAAGCAUUUUUUUUAGAAAAAAAGAAAAGAAAAGGAAGGAAGGAAAGGGGUUGGGUCAAAAUUGUCUCUAAGAGCAGGAAAGGAAAGGGACAGUAACAUGACCAUAUUCCUUCAGCUUGCUUUCCUUGCUACACUUCUGACUCACCUAGGCUGCAGCAAUCCACGUCGGGGUCCAGAGUCCAGUGCCAGAAGAUAUAACCGGAUUCAGCAUGGACAGUGCACCUACACGUUCAUCCUUCCAGAACAGGAUGGGAACUGUCGUGAAAGCACCACCGACCAAUACAACGCUAACGCUCUCCAAAGGGAUGCCCCCCACAUGGAGCAGGAUUUCUCUUCCCAGAAACUGCAGCGCUUGGAGCAUGUGAUGGAAAACUACACUCAGUGGCUGCAAAAGCUCGAGAACUACAUUGUGGAAAACAUGAAAUCAGAGAUGGCCCAGUUACAGCAGAACGCUGUGCAGAACCAUACAGCCACCAUGCUGGAAAUAGGAACCAGCCUCCUCAGCCAGACAGCAGAGCAGACAAGAAAGCUCACAGAUGUCGAAACACAGGUACUAAAUCAAACGUCCCGACUAGAAAUUCAGCUGCUGGAGAAUUCAUUAUCUACUUACAAGCUGGAGAAACAACUGCUCCAGCAGACACAUGAAAUCUUGAAGAUCCAUGAUAAAAAUAGUUUAUUGGAACACAAAAUCCUUGAAAUGGAAGAAAGACAUAAAGGGGAGCUGGAUACGUUGAAGGAGGAGAAAGAGAACCUGCAAGGCUUGGUUUCACGUCAGACCUACAUCAUCCAAGAACUGGAGAGGCAGCUGAGUAAGGCAACCACCAAUAACAGUAUUCUGCAAAAACAACAGCUGGAGCUCAUGGACACCGUUCACAACUUGGUCAGUCUUUGUUCUAAAGAAGGAGUUGUACUAAAGAAUACAAAACGAGAAGAUGACAGGCCAUUCAGAGACUGUGCUGAUGCAUACCAAGCUGGCUUCAACAAAAGUGGCGUCUACACUAUUUAUGUUAAUAACAUAUCAGAACCUAAAAAGGUUUUUUGUAACAUGGAGACCGCAGGAGGAGGCUGGACAGUCAUACAACACCGAGAAGAUGGGAGCCUAGAUUUCCAAAAAAGCUGGAAAGAAUACAAGAUGGGCUUUGGUAGUCCUUCUGGUGAAUAUUGGCUGGGAAAUGAGUUUAUCUUUGCAAUAACCACUAGUCAAAGACACUAUUCUCUAAGAAUUGAACUAAUGGAUUGGGAAGGAAGCCGGGCAUAUUCACAAUACGAUAGAUUUUACAUAGGAAAUGAAAAGCAGAAUUACAGGCUGUAUCUAAAGGGUCAUUCAGGAACCGCAGGAAAACAGAGCAGUUUGAUACUGCACGGAGCUGACUUUAGUACCAAAGAUGCUGACAAUGACAACUGCAUGUGCAAAUGUGCCCUUAUGCUAACAGGAGGAUGGUGGUUUGAUGCCUGUGGGCCUUCCAAUCUCAAUGGAAUGUUCUACUCUGCUGGGCAGCACCAUGGAAAAAUAAAUGGAAUCAAAUGGCACUACUUCAAAGGCCCCAGUUAUUCAUUACGUUCCACAACUAUGAUGAUCCGGCCCUUAGACUUUUAAACGCGCCAAGCAAAAGCAAGAACAAUGUGCAGUAUAGCUACCAUAUUCUGAAGAACUUCGUAUGUGACCUUCAGAAGCAGAGGGUGAGGACUUCCUGAAAGCACCAAAUGGCAGCCGCCCAUCAGUACUCAGAUCUUCCCUGUCACAGGCUGCAGUAAAUGGACACAAGUCACCACCCAACACACCAGGAUGCAGAUGACACUGUGGUUGCUUGGACUAGCGAAGGUGUUUAUUGCGACAGAUCAGUGGACAACAUUACGGUUCGGUUGCCACAAAUGAACCUAAUACUUUCGAGCAGAAGCUUGUUUGCUUGUACAAAACUGCCAGAUUAAACUAGAUGAAAUUUUGUAAAGCAGAAAUACAUCAUCAUCAUCAUCAUCACCAUCAUCCGUGGAGAAAAGGAUGCUUGUCAGUGAAGGAAAUAGCACAGAAUCUAUGCAAAAAAAAGCACAACCGAUAUUUAUUUUAAUUGGUACACGUGCCUUAAAAAAGAAACACAAAGAUGGUCGUUCAAAGCAUUGCUUGGUAUCAGCAAACACCAUUUAGAUGGAUAACGUCUCUUUAAUGUAGGAUCAAUAUGGUAUGUUGGAGCAAUUUCUCAUUAAGUCAGUUUCAAAUGUGAAACAUGCCCCCAAUAAAGAGACUGUGAAUCAUGAUGGACAGAGAAUGAUAAGAGCAAUAUGCAGAGAGUUGUCAAUGGUCCUGCAUGGCUGGGGUGAAUGUAGGUAAUCCUGAUAAUUGGCAUAAUCCUUCAACUGGGAUUUAUAGCAUGAUAACAAAAGAAACCAGGGAUUUUUCUUUCUGACUGUUACGGCUCUGGCCUCUAGCAAAUGAAGUCUGAAUGUCAAACCCAGAUAUUUUGUAAGGUGAAAUAAAGGUUAUUUUGCAAAUGGAAUUUCCUUUUAAAUAUACAGCAUGGAUGCAGAUGGCGUAACCACAAAUUCCAACUGGAUUUGGUUCAUGAAGCAGUGUUUUGUUGUUGUUUUUGCAUGUGCACAUUUUAGAGUUAAUUACUUCUGAGUUGCUUUUAGACCUUCAUUUCUUCUCUAUGUUAUUCAUCCUUAAUCUGCAAAAUAAGUUAAGCAGGAGACUAUCAGUUCUUUGCUGUGCUUCAGUUACUGCUGUGAAAUAGUAAAUACAGGAGAACUAAGGGAAUACUUACAGUUAUGUAUUGUAAUUGCAGUGGGCAUGGGCACAGAGUAGCCAAAGUUAAAGGCAUUAAUUUCAGUGGUAAAAUUAAGCCUAUGCGUAACUCUUUUAUUUGAAAUGAAUGGGACUUAAAAGUGCUCAUCUGAAUCAUGUCCCAUACGUAGGGCUGCAAUAAACGUGUAGCUUUCGGUAGUUGUAUGGAAGGGGUUUGUUGUGCUCUAGUACUACAAUGUUGAUUCCUGAUUAACUUGCCUCCAAUGUAUGCACUUCUAGAAUUUCAUGUGCUUCCUUGUGUACGUUGUCGACCAGCUCAGACAGACAUAUGGCCCAAGGGAAACACACCUAUGCUUCAUUUAUUGUAACUCAUGUGCAUGAAAGAUCUCAUACAAGUUGCCUUAUACAGGUCCCUCUAGCUCAGCAGGGCUUCUGUGCAGACUAUCAGUAUCUUCCUAGGGUUUUAGAUGUGAGUUUCCCCCAGUUCUACCUGCAGAUGUCAGGUAUUAAACCAUGUACUAUGCCACAGAGCUUGUGGUCCUUCUCUUGCAGAAAUGGGUGUGAUAACCAUUCACACGUAAAAAUUAGGCUCAUUCCAUUCUUUUUGAGAGCCAUCCUUUUUAAGAAAAUGGGGAUCAGAGAAAGCUGACCGGCCAUACAUUUGUAUGUGCAACUAUCUGGUCCACCUCCGAUAUUAUUUGCUCAGUUGGCAUUCAUCUAUGUGCAUUUUCAGAAUACAUAGGAACUUAUCAGGUCCACAAAACGUCGACAAGACUUCAUAGCUCCAGUGUGCAUGAGAAGUUAAAUGGGGAAACCAAUGUGAAUGGGAACUCAAGGAACCCACAGUAAAAUCUUCUGUGUGAUGGGAACUUGUGUGCAUGUGUGGCACUGAGCAAAUGCUAUCAACAAAGCAUGGGACGUGCACUGCACACAUUCCUUAUGUAUGUGCAGAUUGGGGUUUUUCCAGCUAUCAAGGUAUCAUUAUCCAAACUUUUCUAUGCCAUGAGAAGUAUCUGAGUGAGGAUCAUCUUAUGGGGGAAAUCAUUUACAAAUCAGCAUCUCAGGAAGUCCUUGUUGUAAGAACACCGUGUUCAUCACUGUUCAACAAGUCUCAUUCUGACUUUCAAGUGUGUUUCAUAUAUCAUUAUGGGUGUACUUUAGGGGUGGCUAACCUGUGGGCUGCAGACCACAUCUGGUCCUCCAAGAGGUUUUAUUUGUGCCCCCUCAUCACACACACCCAUUAAAUGGGACAGGCCACUAGCCAUGGUGGCUAUAUUCUGCCUCCAUAGUUGGAGAUAGUAAUGUUUCUGAAUACCAGUUGCUGGAAACCAUAGGAAGGGAGAGUGCUCUUGUGCUCAAAUCCUGCUUGUGUGUUUCUCACAAGCAUUCAGUUGUCCACUGUGAGAUCACCAUGCUGGACUAAAUGGGCCAUUGGGCAGAUCCAGCAGGCUCUUUUAAGUUUGAUGUCCUCCACCACUCCUGAAGACAACAGGCUAACAUAGGAAGUGCAGGGCAGGCUAUGGUGUAGACACAUUGCUCUGCCUUCUGACUUCUCACAGUCAAUCCCUCAUGCUCAGCCUCUGUCACAUGAGAUGACCACCUCACUGUGUCUAAUGUUUGAUAUAUUUUUAACUGUUGAAUCACUGCAAAUUAUUUUAUAGCAAGUGAUUCAGAAAUGGAAAUGAAUAACUAAUAAAUAAACAGUAGUGGAAUCUGGCCCUGUUGAAAUGAGCACACAGUUGGGUUGCUCUGAAGCGUGAGCCUCUUUUUGAAGGAAAUCAAAAAUGUUCAACAAGUGUUUCUAAUGUUGUGCUUAAGAAAGUUGACUAUCCACCCUCUUCAUCCCUGGUAGGCAGCUUGCUUUGCUUCCAUUUAUGGGAAUGAUGAAACUUGCAAAGGUUUCCUACUGAAAACCUGGAAGUACAAAGGAGUGACCACAGGAUUAUUUGUAACCGUGAUGGCUCAAUGUCUCUCAAGUUUAGAAGGUCUUUUGUAUUGAUGUAUCCGUAUGUAUUUUUCUUUGCAUUAUCCUGCCUGAAGGGUUUGUUUGUUGUGUUCCAACUUGUUCUUUGCUCAGUGGUUCCUUCAUACUUCUUGUUUCUCUCUCAUUCCAGCAGUCUUCAUUUAAGUCCAAAAAGUGUGCUACUUCUCAAAAGCUCUUUUUUUUUUUAAGUCUCCAAAUCAGGAAUGCCAUCGUGUAGAUCGUAUUGCAAAGGACAAUUAAAAAAAAAUCAUAAAGGAAAAGAUAUGUCAAAACUCAAGCAUGAUAUUUACUGUUUAUUUAUCUCAGUUUGAACAAAUGGGAACAUGGUUUCCUAUCCUUUAUAAUAAAACAUUUAAAACACA